UGGCUCGAGCGCAAAACUAAAAAUCGCAUAAUCUGAAAACAAAUAAAGAGCGUGCACGGCGAAGCACGCGUGUAGGCCAAGUUCACGUAACAAGCAUGGCGGCCACUGGUGCCGUGCCUCAGUUCGCUUCCCUCUACGUCGGUGACUUGCAUGCCGAUGUGACGGAGGCGAUGCUCUACGAGAUAUUCAAUUCCGUGGGACCUGUGGCGUCGAUCCGCGUCUGCCGCGACAGCGUGACCCGCAAGUCCCUCGGAUACGCGUACGUCAACUUCCAUGGCGUUGCGGACGCCGAGAGGGCGCUCGACACGCUGAACUACUCGAGCAUCAAGGGCCGUUCGUGCCGCAUCAUGUGGACUCAGCGCGACCCGAGCAUGCGCAAGAGCGGCGCUGGAAACAUCUACGUGAAGAAUUUGGACAAGAACAUCGACAACAAGGCCUUGUACGACACCUUCAGUCUCUUCGGCAACAUCCUGUCCUGUAAGGUGGCGUCCGACAUGUCGGGGAAGUCCCACGGCUACGGGUUCGUGCACUACGAGACGGAGGAGGCUGCCAAGCAGGCCAUCGAACGCGUGAACGGCAUGCAGAUCGGCGAGAAGACUGUGGAGGUCUCCUCCUUCGAGAAGCGCAGCGACCGCGUGAAGCCAGAAGUCACCAACUUCACGAACGUGUACUGCAAGAACAUGCCUGGCGACUGGGACGAGGAGAAGAUCAAUGAAGUGUUCGGUAAGCACGGCACCAUCACCUCCAUGUGCAUCCGCGAGGACAAAAAGGGACGCAAGAUGGCGUUCGUAAAUUUCGAAACCACCGAGUCCGCUCAGGCUGCGGUGGCUGAGCUGCAUGGGAAGGAGGUUCGCAGCGAGGAGCAAAUCGCGAAGCUGAAGGAGGAGUUGAAGGAGGAGUUCAAGGAGGAUGUGGGCAAGCUCUUCGUCCAGCGUGCUCAGACCAAGCUCGAGCGCUCGGCCGAGCUCCGCGACAAGUUCCCCGCUACGUCGCGCCCAGACAGCAAACCGCAGGGCGUGAACCUGUACGUCAAGAACCUCGACGAGGGCACGGACGAGGCCUCCCUGCGUGCCCUCUUCGAGUCCUUCGGCCAGAUCACCUCCGUCGCGGCGCCAGUCGACGACAAGGGCAAGUGCAAGGGUUUCGGCUUCGUCUGCUUCCAGUCGCCGGACGAGGCGACCAAGGCCGUCACGGAGAUGCACCUGAAGGUCGUGAAGGGAAAGCCCCUCUACGUUGGUCUGGCCGAGAAACGCGAGGCACGCCAGGAGCGCCUGCGACAGCGCUACUCACCCGGCGCGGGCGGCGACAAGGGCGGAGCCAAGGGCUGCGGCAAGGGCUUCGGCGGCGGCUGCAAGGGCAGCCCGGGCGGGGGCAUGGGGAUGCAGGGCGGCAUGGGCGGCGGCAUGGGGAUGAUGGGCAAGGGCGGGCAGCAGAUGGGCAUGGGCAUGGGCAUGGGUGGCAUGGGGAUGAUGGGCAAGGGCGGGCAGCAGAUGAUGGGCAUGCCGCAGAUGGGCAUGAUGGGGAUGAUGCCGCAGCAGAUGCAGCAGGCCCAGGCGAUGAUGAUGGCCGGCAAGGGUAUGACGGGCCCCAUGGGAGUCCGCGGUCCGAUGCCGGGCGGCAUGCAGCCGAUGAUGGGCAUGCCGCAGAUGGGCAUGAUGCGCCCGGGCAUGGGCAUGAUGCCGGGCAUGAUGCCCGGCGGAAUGCGUCCGGGUAUGAUGCCGCAGCAGAUGCCGCGCCCCGCUGCGGCGCCUUCGCAGGCUCAGCAGGGUGCAGGGGCCCCGCUCUCCGCAUCUGCACUCGCCGCCGCGCCGCCCUCCGUACAGAAGCAGAUGAUCGGCGAGAAGCUGUUCCCCAUGAUCGCCAAGUACCAGCCCGAGCUUGCGGGGAAGAUCACGGGCAUGAUGCUCGAGAUGGACAACAGCGAGCUCCUGAUCCUCCUGGAGUCCGAGCAGCAGAUGAAGGGCAAGGUCGACGAGGCCAUGCGCGUGCUGGGCGCCAGCGCAAAGUAGGGCCGCGCGUCCCUCCUACUGGGCUUCCUUACAUAACUGCGACGUCGCGAAAAAAACGCCACGUGAGACGCCGUGUAAGACCCAACGUCGUGAGACGACGUCCACCCUCCUCACUGUCCCCCCUCCUCCGCAG